GAGCACCGAGGAAGAGCGAACAAUGGAUAUGAAAAGAGCAGAGGCUAAGUAGCAGGCUGCAGGUACAGGAACAGAGAGGGCGAAACAAGUGGAAAGCUGCCGAAGAGGGGUAGAGAGGGAAUAGCAAACCGAACAAGGCAAGGCAAAAAGACAAACAGAGUCAUUUCUGUCGAAUAGCAAAGCGACAGAAACAGAGGGAACGGAAGCAAAAGAUAUCGAGAGCGAUAAAGAGAGAUAAGAGAAGGAAGUAGCAGGAGGAAAAUAUCGAAUUUGGAUAAAAGAAAACAACAGGCGGUGUAAGAAAAAGAUGGAGAACGGGUUAUGGACACUGGUUUUGACGGUGAGUUUGAUAAUGGGUCUGAGCUUUGCACAAACAUCGGAGAUAUGCCCCUCGCACGAAGUGAUAUCGCCCUGUUCCUGCACCCUGAAGAAAUCCGGCUUAGACAUCGUCUGCGAGUACACGGACCUCUCUCACAUCACCGCAGUCAUGAGCUCGCUCAAAGGGAAAACGAACGCGGUGAUCUUCUACUUGAGGCUCAGGCACAACAACCUGCCAAGAUUACAGCCGUACGUGUUCCUUGGCCUCGACAUCCGCCAUUUAACCAUCCACAAUAGCAGCCUGGCGAAACUCGAGGAAUCGUCCCUGAGUUCCAUCGGAACUGGUCUGACACAACUGGAUCUCUCGCAGAACACUUUGCUUUCGGUGCCGUCUAUCGGUUUGAAGGAUCUUCAACAUUUACUCAUCUUGAACCUGAAUCGCAACAAGAUCAAGGCCAUCCAUAAUAAAGCUUUCGAGGGACUCGACACUCUUGAGAUUCUUUCCUUGUACGAGAACGAGAUCUCCAUCGUGGAAGAGGACGCCUUCGAAGGGUUACACAAUCGGAAACUCAGGAGGUUGAAUCUGGGAGGAAACGAGUUGACGAAAGUGCCGACGCAAGCGCUGCAAACUCUGGACAUGCUGAAGAAGUUGGAGAUACAGGAGAAUAGGAUCACCGCCAUUCAGGAAGGUGAUUUCGAAGGUCUGAAAAGCUUGGAUUCGUUAGUAUUGGCUCACAAUCAGCUUCGCGAAGUCCCGGCCCGUGUGUUCUCCCACUUGACGCAAUUAAACUCUUUGGAGCUGGACGGAAAUCAAAUUACCCAUGUGGAUCCGGAUGCGUUCAUCGGUCUCGAGGAAAACCUGCAAUAUCUUCGACUGAGCGAUAAUAAUUUACACGCGGUGCCGAGCGACGCGUUGCGACGUCUACAUCGAUUACGUCACCUCGAUUUAAAGGCCAAUAACAUUACCGUGCUCUCGGAGGAUGCUUUCACCGGAUAUGGCGACUCCAUUACAUUUCUGAACCUCCAGAAAAACUUGAUCAAAGUAUUACCGCUAUCGGUUUUCGAAAAUCUGAAUUCCUUGGAAUCAUUGAUUCUGCAGAAUAACAAGCUCACGCAUAUACCGGAGGAGGCGACUGAAAAUAUCGUGGAUACCCUGCGACACAUCGAUAUCACAGACAACCCUCUAAUAUGCGACUGUAAACUACGGUGGUAUUCUGUUUGGCUGGGAAACCUGCGCAAUCUGGACGAGAGGAUGUUAACAAAACCUACAGUGUGUACUAUGCCCAGCGAACACCGCGAAUACAAUGUGCAGAAUAUACCGCUAGAGAAAAUGGGCUGCGUGGGAAAAAACGCUGGAAGGACCUCGUCGACUGGCAGCUUCCGCAUUUACGUCGAUACGAUGUUACAAUUAUUAACCAUCGCUAUAGCUAUGCUUUAACUGCAAUAUUCGGUCACGUGACGCUAGUACAUCUCACAUUCCUUUAACGCAAUUUAUUCCCCUGAUUCGCGAAUGCCAACAGCUUGCUAGCGACAGCAUCUUCUUAGUUUUCGUCACUUGCGUUGCUUGCUCUAUGAAUUUAUCAAUCCUUGCUCGUUAAGCAAUCGUGCCACGAUCGCGGAGACGUGACACGAUUGAACGAAUAAUAUUCCUACUUUUUAUAGAGUUUCCUACGACAACUGCACCUUCUGAAAUUUAAGUGAAUUUAGCGAUAAACGGAAAUAACAAGAUCCAAUUGAUCGUUAUUCGCAACAUCGAUCGUUGAGAUUCGAGAAACUCGAAAAUCUUCUCUGUCGUUUUUUUCUGUUGUACUCGUAUUGAACUUCUUCACCGGGAAGAAAGGGAAAGUAUAUAGAUCCUUCAAAAAGAUACACGUAUCGGGUGUUUUCAAACUCUGGUCGAUCGGAGAGAUCGAUUAGGUUUAUAACGGUCAGCAAUCAACGGGUGUUUCAACAUAUCGUUAGUGUAACAUUCGGUCGAGAGUCUAACUAAUUGAAAAAUGACACGGUUAAAUAUGACGCUCGCAUCUAUCUUCAUCGUCGCGUCUGAUUGAUCGAAUUUCGAGAGCGUAGUGUUGGAUUAUAAAUAAACAGAAAACCACGAUCGAAGAAUAUCCGAAAUGAAAUGAAUCGCGACGUACGAUAACAGGGUGAAAAAAGGCCCCUCGAUAUUCAUAAUUGUGCGAGCCUUUUUCAUCGAACGUUACAUAUCAAGAUCGUUGCCAAGUAUUUUAUGGAUGUCUGUUAAAGCUCGCGUGAACGCGGAAUGCGUAGUAUAACUUCGUAGGAAAUUCGAAUGUCUGUAGUUUAGUUAUCAUUUUAUGAUCCACGGACAUUCAUCUGAUACAUAUCAACGCGUUCCUCGAGUCGUUGGGACGAAGUGAUCGGCAUUUCUUAAUGUUGCACUUCGUACGUCACAAUCUUCCGUAGCGGUAAGAUGAAAAAUAAGUUGCUACUCUCCAGUUUCAAGUUCUGAAAAUGUUCACGAGCCAGCUUAAUCGAUGAUACCUACGAUAUACGAUAUCCCGAGAAUCAUUUGUUUAUUUCAUUUACAUCGCUUACAAACCGCCUUGUUUCAUCUCGCGAAUUGCAUAAAAUUAUAUCCUUUCUCUGUUUUCCUAUUUCAAUGUUCAUCCCGUUUACCGACGUACAUUUGUGAAAGAAUCGGGAAUCUGUCACGGGGUCAAGAAACAUUCGAUCGAAACGAGUAAUCGGGUAAUCAAUGUUCAGGCGGACUCUUUAGCCUGCAGUCUUUGUCGGUGAUAUCUUGAGAUCGUUCAGAUACUUAACUCCAUUCACAAAGGACCGAGCCCGGUCGAAAUGAAAUAACGACUGCUGAUGAAACGUAAUAUACUCAACAGGAAACUGACACUUGUCAAUUCCGAUAGAGCACCAACAUGAUCAUUCAACUGGUUCGUCGCUUCUGUUUUGUGGGCUCUGCUCACACUCUAGGCUCUUAUACGCGCAUGAUAAAAUUACACCGUCUUUCAGCAAUGCCGCGAGAUGAAACGGUAAACUGGUGUACGUCGCAGUUACGCUUUUCCCUCACGAA